CCAAACUUCGUCCUUGUGGCGCACUGACCGCGGACGCACAGAAUGACAGCGCUGGUGAUUUUACUCUUGUGACCCAAUCUGGCAGCCUUUUGCCUGAACCAUGCUGACUCUUCUAACCAGAACGAUGACCCAGGCGGGUCGGGCGAAGCCUGCUCUGCUGGCGCGCCCGGUGGUGGGUGCUCAGGAGUGGACGCGGGCGAUCGUCCAGGCGGAGGGGCUGCCCAAGAUGCCCGUGCCGCCGCUGCAGCAGACGUGCGAGCGCUACCUGGCCGUGCUGGAGCCGCUGCUCUGCCCCGAGGAGAUGGAACACACGCGCAAACUGGUCAACGACUUCCUCACGUCCGGCGUCGGACACCGCCUGCAGAAGGGACUGGAGAGACGCGCCAGCAAGAUGGACAACUGGCUGACAGAUUGGUGGAUGCAGUCGGCCUACCUGGACUCACGCAUGCCCGUGGCCGUGUACACCAGCCCAGGUGUGGUCCUACCCAGAAUGCACUUCCAGGAUCGGCAAGGGCAAAUGAGGUUUGCAGCUAAGCUGAUAGCUGGGGUGCUCUCUUUCAAGAAGAUGCUGGACAAUGAGACGCUGGCGGUGCAGCACAUGGGCGGUAAGCCGCUGUGUAUGGACCAGUACUACCACGUGCUGUCGUCCUGCCGCAUCCCCGGCCCCAAGAGGGACAGCGUCGCCAACUACGCCAUCAACAUGACUCCGCCCACUCACAUCACCGUGGUGCACAACUUCCAGUUCUUCAUCCUGGACGUGUACACCAGUGACGGCACGCCCCUGACGGUGGAUCAGCUGUACAUCCAGCUGGAGAAGAUCUGGAACACGUCCCUGCAGACCAACAAGGAGCCCAUCGGCAUCCUCACCUCCCAGCACCGCAACACCUGGGGAAAGGCCUACAACAACCUCAUCAAGGAUAAGACUAAUAAGGAGUCAGUGCGGGCGAUCCAGAAGAGCAUAUUCACAGUGUGCUUGGACGCCCCGUUGCCCAGCGUGUCUGACCAGCUGUACUACAGCCGCGUGGCCGCCCAGAUGCUGCACGGCGGGGGCAGCCGCUGGAACAGUGGCAACCGCUGGUUUGAUAAGACCCUGCAGUUCAUCAUUGGAGAGGACGGUGCCUGUGGAGUCGUCUAUGAGCAUGCUCCAACAGAGGGUCCUCCCAUCAUGUAUCUGGUGGAUUACGUGGUCGAGUACAUGAAGAGGUCUCCGAUCCAGAUGGGCCGCACUCCCAUGAUCCCGCUGCCGAUGCCUCACAAGCUCCGCUUCAACAUCACGCCCGAGAUCAAGAAGGACAUCGAGAAGGCCAAGCAGAACAUGAACAUCAUGGUCCAUGAUCUGGACGUCAGGGCGUUUGUGUUUGAGGAGUUUGGGAAAGACGUCCUUAAAGAGAACAAGAUGAGUCCAGAUGGCUUCAUCCAGAUGGCCAUGCAGCUGGCCUACUACAGAAUGUACAAGGAGUGCUGCUCCACGUAUGAGAGCUCGUCCCUGAGGAUGUUCAAGCUGGGCCGAACGGAAACCAUCCGCUCCACCUCCGUAGACUCGUUCGCCUUCGUUAAGGCCAUGGACGACCCAGCCAAACAGACCUCUGACAAAGUGGCCCUACUGGUGAAGGCCAUCAAAUCGCACAGAAUCUUUGCUGACCAGGCUAUCCAUGGGCAGGCCAUUGACCGGCACCUGUUGGGUCUGAAGAUGAUAGCCAUUGAGGACCUCACCUCCCUCCCUGAGCUCUUUAUGGACACGGCCUACGCUGUGGCUAUGCACUACAACCUCUAUACCAGUCAGGUGGGCUCUAAGACGGACUGUGUGAUGUGCCUGGGCCCCAUCGUGCCCGACGGCUACGCCGUCUGCUACAACCCCAUGGCCAGCCACAUCAACCUCUCCAUCACCGCCUUCAACAGCUGCGAGGAGACCAACGCCACCAAGUACGGCCGGUCACUGGAGGAGGCGCUGCAGGACAUGAGGAAGAUGCUGUAGCCGUGGCAACGCCCAGACCCAGCAUCACCUGAGGACCGCGUGGGACGCAUGGCAACACAGCUGAAUGAGAGAACAGACUCGAAACUACCAGGCCUACCAGAGCAGGGAAACACCCUUUCACACACUCUCACACACACACACACACUUACAAGCACACACACACACACAGAAACACACACAAACACACACACACAUACACACACUUUCAAGCACAAGCGCACACACACACACACACACACACACACACACACACACACACACACACACACACACACACACACAAACAAACACACAAACGCACACACAUUUGUCAGGGGGCACUGUAGUCUUGUCCGACUUGGCCAAGAUUUGGUUGUUUCUUAAGUGUCCAACCACGUCCCACGUGACAGAACUGGGUGAUAGGCGGCCAGUCCGUUCCAUUAGGAGGGUGACAUAACAAAGGUUGCCUUGGCGACUAUCUCCCCUAGUGCUCUGACCCACCGUGGCAAGAGAGUAAUGACCAGAGGCUGGGGCAGAGAGCCACACACUCCGAAGUGUGUUUCCCAGAAGUGUGUGUGUGUGUGUCCGUGUACCAACAUGGUGUGAGCUGCUGACAUUUGCUUUACACACACACAAACACACAGGACAGCCAAACUCCAGCCACUCAGGUCCUUUAUUUAAAAAACAAAACAAAACAGAAACCUUUUUGUGUUGUAAAAACAACACCCUUUGUUGUGCUUGAACAUAUUUAACGUCUUGUGUUGUCUUAAGAAUGCUAUUUACAGUGUUUGUUUUGGAGUUUUUGCCUGCUGUUUACUGUGUUACGUUUACGGCGUAGUCUUUGACUUUGACUCUGUUUGACCAAGUGCUCCUGUACUGCUCCAGGAGACAUGGCAGUAUAAAGCUCCUUGUGCCUUCGCUGUGGUUUCUUAUAUCAGAGCUUCCAGAGUUCCUACAUGCCGUCUGAAAUGGAAACUUAUUUCAUGAAGAGAAAGAUAUAACAUUUGUAUCACUUUCAAAUAAACAAUUAAACAUCUUAUACUA